GACACACUUCAUUUGAUCGUUUCCCAGUGCCUCAGCGAGUGUGCACACUUGACGCACACACACUCGUUUCACGCGAUCACCGGACCGGAACCGUGGACCAUGGACGACUUUCUCUCCACUUGCCACGCAGCCGCCAAGGCAAGUGCUCGGCUCCCGUCAGGCCCCGCGUUCCACGUGGUUCUGGGAAACGAGGCGUGUGACCUGGACUCGAUGGUGUCCGCGCUGGUGUACGCCUACUACCUGUCCAAGACGCGCGACGACCGAGCGGCGCUCAGCGUGCCGCUGCUCAACAUCCGCCAGGGGGAGCUGCUGCUCCGUUCCGACAACAUGUUUCUGCUGCGCCGGACCGGCCUGUGUCCCGACACGCUGCUCUUCCGGGACCAGCUGGACUUGGCGGCGCUGCGGCGGACGGGCCGCCUCCGCCUCACGCUCGUUGAUCACAACGUCCUUCCCGGUUCAGACGCUGACCUGGAGGGGGCGGUGGUGGAGGUCAUCGACCAUCGCGAGCUGGAGAGAGAGCCCGGGCCCUCCUGCCCGGUUACCGUGGAGAUGGUGGGCUCCUGCGCCACCUUGGUGACCGAGCGCCUAAUCCAGAACGCUCCGCACAUCCUGGACCAGCAGGUGGCGCUGCUUCUCUACGCUACCAUCCUGACCGACUGCGUGAACAUGGCGCCCGCGGCGUGCAAGGUGACGCCCAAAGACAGCCAGUACGCCGCCGCCCUGGAGGCGCGCUUCCCCUCCCUGCCACCGCGCGGCGCUCUCUUCCAAGCUGUGCACAAAGCCAAGUUUGACGUGUCAGGUCUCAACACGGAACAAAUGUUGAUGAAGGACAUGAAAACGCUGGCAGGAAGUUUCUCCAUUGCCGUCUCCGUUCUCUACCUGCCCAUCGAGGCGUUCAUGCAGAGAGCGGAGCUGGAGGCGGAGCUUUCCGUCUUCUGUCGCAAGUUGUCUUUUGAUCUUCUGGUGCUGAUGAGCAUCUGCUUCACGGAGACCAAGCAGCCAAUCAGGGAGCUGGCACUCUUCAGUCACAGCGACUCCCGCAGAGAACAGGCGAGCCGCUUCCUGGAGCGGGCCGGAAACCCCGCCCUCGACCUGUGUCCGAUCAGCAGCCCCCAUCGUCACGUGGCGGCCUAUCACCAAGGAAACGCGCUGGCGUCGCGGAAGAAACUUCUGCCGCUGCUCAAAGAUUUUCUGAGGACGAGCGACGAUGAGGACGACGAGGACGAAGGCCGAGUGCCGCCCACGCCCAUGAACAGCCUGGUGGAGGGCUGCCCUCUGGAUGCCGGCCCGCCCCCCAUCAGCGCGGACGCUCUGCACGACAAGUUCAGCAAGAUGGACGCUUACUGACCCCACGAGAACACUACACAACUUUGCAAUAUCUUACAUACAUGUACUAUUCUCAAGUGAUAUCAUUUCCCAUUCUAUGCAAAAUAAAAGGCGAAAAAUUCA